UUUAAGCUCCCUCGAGUGUGUUCACAUUAUAACUUUGGCACCGCUUUCUCGUCUUCGUCUUCUUCAUCUGCUCGUUGAAAAAAAAGAUUCCUUUACUUUCAAACUCUUUUAGUAUUCUCAUCCUUCGUGAUACCAUGGACGCUCUUCUUCAAGUAUCCGUCGAUGAUUUCAGAUUCCAGAACGGAUCUGGAUCUGGGUCUUGCUGCAAACCCAGAAACAAUCUCGAUUCUGAUAACAAUCUCUUCCCCAAUUUCAACGAACCAGAGCCUCAGAACCACUCUCCACCGAACGAUUCUCCUCCGACUAUAUGUUUGGAUAACUCUCCUGUUCUCAAAUACAUCAAUGACAUGUUGAUGGACGAAGAAGAUUUCGCAGAGGAAUCUCGUUUUUUGCAGGACAAUUUAGCCUUACAAGCUGCCGAGAGAUCCUUCUACGAGAUACUCCAGCAACAAUCCCCUGAAUCUGAUCACAACACAAGCUCCUCCCAUCAAAACUCCGGCGACCCCUUCAGCACAACGACGACUUUAACAGAUUCUGCAGCGUUGGUUUCCAACGGAGAAUCGCAGAGAAGGUACCGUCAUCGAAACGACGAAGAAGACGAUCUUGAGAACGGUCGGAGAAACAAACAACCUGCUAUUUUCAUCUCGGAGAUGGAAGAGCUAGCAGUAAAGUUCGAGCAUGUGUUGUUGGUAUGCAAAGCGAACCAAGAAGAAGAAAAAUCAGUGGCAACGAAACAGAGUCAACCAAACAGAGCUGGACGAGGCAAAGGCUCAUCAAAUAGAUCCAAGGCGCAAAAAACUAGCCCCGUUGAUCUGCGGAGUCUCUUGACGCAAUGCGCACAAGCUGUAGCGAGCUUUGACCAGAGAAGAGCUACGGAGAAACUCAAGGAGAUAAGGUCAAACUCUUCAAGCAGCGGCGAUGGAAUUCAAAGGAUGGCUUUUUACUUCGCAGAGGCGCUCGAGGCACGUAUCACCGGAAUCAUCUCACCGCCGGUUUCUACUGCGUUUCCUUCAAGCACGACAUCGAUGGUAGACAUCUUGAAAGCGUACAAGCUGUUCGUUCAUGCUUGUCCCAUCUAUGUAGCUGAUUACUUUGCAGCAAACAAAUCAAUCUACGAGCUUGCCUUGAAAGCAACUAAGCUUCACAUCAUUGAUUUCGGGGUUCUCUAUGGCUUUCAAUGGCCUUGUCUGUUACUAGCCCUGUCUAAACGACCGGGCGGACCACCGAUGCUUCGCGUGACUGGUAUCGAGCUGCCACAGUCUGGUUUCCGACCUUCAGACAGGGUCGAAGAGACUGGUCGGAGACUGAAAAGGUUCUGUGAUAUGUUCAAUGUCCCGUUUGAGUUCAACUUCAUAGCCAAAAAAUGGGAAAGCAUCAGUCUUGAUGAGAUUACAAUCAAUCCAGGAGAGACAACAGUCGUCAAUUGCAUUCAUCGGUUGCAAUACACUCCAGAUGAGACUGUGUCGCUAAACUCUCCGAGAGACACGGUUCUUAAACUGUUCAGAGAUAUCAAUCCUGACCUCUUCGUGUUUGCAGAGAUUAACGGAACGUACAACUCUCCUUUCUUCAUGACGAGGUUCCGAGAAGCGCUCUUCCAUUUCUCUUCGCUCUUCGACAUGUUCGACACCACAAUACAAGCAGAGGAUGAGUACAAGAACAGGGCACUGUUGGAGAGAGAGUUACUUGUGAGAGACGCGAUGAGCGUGAUUUCCAGCGAGGGCGCUGAGCGGUUUGCGAGGCCUGAAACCUACAAGCAAUGGCAAGUUAGGAUUUUGAGAGCCGGGUUCAAGCCAGCAACUAUAAGCAAACGGAUCAUGAAGGAGGCUAGGGAAAUCGUGAGGAAAAAUUACCAUAAAGAUUUUUUGAUCGAUAGUGAUAACCACUGGAUGCUUCAGGGGUGGAAAGGAAGAGUCAUCUAUGCCUUUUCUUGCUGGAAACCUGCAUAGAAGUUAACAGACAAUAAUGUAAUCGUUUGAAAAUUGUUACUUCUCGAUUGCUUCAUUUUUGUUUGCCAAUGGGUUUUGUAAAAUCUGUUUGAUCGCAUGUAUGGAAUGUAAUCUCUUCUUUCCUGCAAGUACAUAAAGUAAUCAUGGAUUCAACC